CAUAGUUCGCGUUUCUGACUAAACUGAAUAAUUCUAAUUUAUUAACAUUUGACCUGAUCCUUCGGAUAUUUGCUCACAAAACUCUAUACUAUAACCCAUUUUUACAGUGGAGACCACGUUUCUGGCAAGGGUAAAUUGCCACUUCUCCCCGUUUUCAUCAAUUUGAAUCAUAUCAUAGUUGAAUUUUUCUUUUCCCUUUUUCGCGUAGGCCUAAUACCCAGUAUUAGGACCGUGCUUAAACUUGUUAUCCUAGCUGCAUGCACUAAUUUUGGAUCAGGGUAGGCCUACAAAGAAUGCGCUUCAUGAGUUCCCAACAGAGCCCGACUGUACUUGCCCAACAAUCAGUGGACCGGGAGAAGGUCUAUCAAUGGAUUAUUGAACUUGCCAACCCUGAGACGAGAGAAAAUGCUUUGCUGGAACUCAGCAAGAAGCGUGAGGUGGUGCCGGACCUGGCACCCAUGUUGUGGCACUCGUUUGGCACGACAGCUGCCUUGCUACAAGAGAUCAUCAACAUAUACCCAGCCAUCAACCCAGCUACUCUAACGGCCCACCAGUCAAACCGAGUAUGCAAUGCCCUCGCCUUGCUGCAAUGUGUGGCGUCUCAUCCGGAGACUCGUAGUGCCUUCCUGCAAGCGCACAUCCCGCUGUUCCUCUAUCCCUUCCUCCACACUGUCAGCAAGACCAGGCCAUUUGAAUAUCUCCGCUUGACUAGCCUGGGCGUCAUUGGCGCUUUAGUGAAGACUGAUGAGCAGGAAGUGAUUACGUUCCUAUUGACCACCGAAAUAAUCCCCCUUUGUCUCCGCAUCAUGGAGUCAGGAUCUGAACUGUCCAAGACUGUUGCAACUUUCAUCCUUCAGAAGAUACUCCUCGACGACAGUGGUCUCUCUUACAUCUGCCAGACUUACGAUCGCUUCUCUCACGUUGCCAUGAUUUUGGGGAAAAUGGUGCUCUCUUUGGCCAAAGACCCGUCUGCUCGUCUGUUGAAACAUGUUGUUCGUUGUUACCUGCGACUCUCGGACAAUGCUCGAGCCAGAGAGGCUUUGCGACAAUGUCUGCCGGACCAGCUGCGCGACGCAACCUUCGCCACUUGUCUGCAGGAAGACAAGUCGACCAAACACUGGCUCGCCCAGCUGCUCAAGAACCUAGAGACAGGCCCGGGAGUCGUGCCUGUCGGAAUGUCGCCCCUAGUGCCUCAGUAACUCCCCUACCUCACCUGACAUUACCUGACUGAUACAUCAUCCCACUACAGGUUGUGAUACCUUCGAGUCAAAUUAUUUAGUUCAUCAUUUGAUUGGUUUUUGUCCAAUCGGAUUCAUUUGAGUUCAUUGUUCCAUUUCGACAAUUUUGUGUUAAUUUGUGAUAUUGUGUUUGUAGUAGCUUUAAGACAUACAGUAGAAUCCCGGUUAACCGAAAUAAAGGGAGGAGAGCCGUUUCGGAUAACCAAUUUUUUGGUUAAGCCGUCAUAUGCUAAAAAUAGCCUAUGUAUUUGUCCAAUCGGAUUCAUUUGAGUUCAUUGUUCCAUUUUGACAAUUUUGUGUUAAUUUGUGAUAUUGUGUUUUUAGUAGCUUUAAGACAUACAGUAGAAUCCCCAUGGUGUAUAUAAAAAAUGAAUUUAAAAAACAAUGUCUAGGCCUAUAUAAUAGUGACGUGUCAAAACCGAAUCUCAAAUCUCGAGAUUCGAUCACUGAGUUUAGAGAUUCAAAAGUUUCGAAAUUGAAGAUUUUGGCAGUUUUAUUCUUGAAACUGCUGACAUAUUUUGCAUCAUUAUUAUUGUGUCUAAAACUGUUUCCACUUUCCACACAAGCUGAGAUCAAACUAAUCACCAUUAACAAAAUACAGUAAAUUGUAUUCUGAUUCGGAACUUCAAAAGGCAUCUUAAAUACUAUAACUGGAAUAACAUACAACUCAGUUUCAUAGUGAUAUUUAAUAAACAAAUAAAUAUUGACCACUAAAUGUUCUAAUUAAUCUAAUAUUCAUGUUUAUGUUGGUGUCAGGAGCUUAAUUUAUUUUAAUGUUAUAACAAAUUAUGUUGUUUUGGGUUUUUCAGUCACAUAUUUAUGUUAUUAUGUCAGUGUCAGGAGUGGACCUCUUUCAGUUUGAUUGCAUAUUUAACAUUUUAUUAUUACCUGUAUUAUUUUGUAAAUACGUUUGCGUCUAGGUUUUGUGAUACAAAUUUUCUGGUUUUGACCAUCACUACUAUAUAAUACAGUGUUUUACAGUGUUACAGUGUACAGUGUACAGUGUGGCCUACAGUGUUGUAUUUCAGCUACAGUAUUAAGUGGUUGGCGGCCUCUUUUAACCUUGCAUUUGCCCAUCCACAUAGACUACAGAUCUUAAAUUUACAGAUUUUAAAUGGGUUAGAAAAUAUUUGAACCAAACAAAUGAAAUUACCAAAGCAUUUUACAUAAUGUAUUACUUAUAUUUUAGCUCUGUUAACCCGGGUUUAGGUUAACCAGGGCUCUACUGUAGUUGAUUUCCAAAUGAAAUUACAAUCAAGCUUAGCUGAAAGGUUUUUGGAUUCAGAAAUUAAAGAAUUUUGUGGAAGGUAGAGAAAAAAGAUUUAAGAUUCAACUUAAUGUUUUAGUUUUAUCUGCAUCACUUGUGGUUUUUAAAAUUGUAUCUUUUUUAGGGGGAAUCCAGCUAGCUUCCUUAAAAUUCAAGUGCUCAUAGAUACAAUAAAUGUCUGUGUCUGAGUUGAAUUAUGCAUCUUAAUUUUUAUUAGCAGGUAUAAAAAUAUAACACAGAAAUUGUUUUAGCUUGACAUCUUUUUUUGCUUAAGUUGAAAUUGUUCUUUAAAUAUAUGGAUGUGGUUGGAAUUUUUUGAAGCGAGUGAUGGCAUAAGCAAUACUCAAAAAUUUCAUUUGGAAAUCAUAUAAAUUUGAUCCUUUAUUGUUGUUAAAUUAGGUAUUAAGAAAUAAUACACUAUACAUAAUUAUAGUAACAAACCGACUGAAAGUACCGUGCAUAAUACAUUUUUUGUUAGUCAAUGUUAAAGGCCUAGUAGCAACCAGUACAUUAGGAUCCUUUAUUCAAAUAAAUAAGACUUCUUUUUCAUAUUCACUCACAAUACAAAUCUUGAAUAACGGUGAGAAAUAUUAUUUUUUCAUUGAAGAAAGGAUUUGUAAUCCAUUUGUAUUAAGAUUAUAUUGAGUGUGCUGAAUUGCUGGUUAAUAUCGCUAACUGGGUUAGUUUAUUGUUCCGUCUCUAUUAAGGCAAAGAAGUAAUUGUCUUAAUAGGAAUCGUUUUGAUAACUAGCUAUAAGCUUUUUGACAUUUUUCCCUAGUGUUUACAUUUCUUUGGGUCAUAUUAUUCAGAUGAAAGGACAGUUUUCAGGCAAUAAAUGUUGUGGGAUAAUAAUGAUGAUGUUUUCAGUUGACAAUAUUAAUUUGACCCUUUUUCGUAGAAACUAAAAGCCCUCAACUUGUUUGUAUAGUAAUUAAGAAUAUAAUAUUUAUUGUUUAAAGUUUUAUAAGCAAAAUAUAAA